UCUUUAAGAGAUAACGGCAACCAUUUUGGGUAAAUUGGGUUAAGUGGUAACCGCUCAGCUGAUUAUCCACUGAGAAGGAACGACAUUUAUUACUGUGUUUAAAUUAAGAGUACAAAAUGAGUCAGUUAAGUCAGUUUAGUGAAGGUGGAUUUUCGGACCUCAUUAGUGAUGUGGACAAUUUUAUCGAAACCAAUGGGAUGAUAGAAGAAGUGCAGGAUUUAUUAGGCACAGGUUCUAGUGGACGUAGCCCCAUUGAAGAACUGCCGGAGGAGGAAGAAUUUAAACCAAUCCCGAUCGAGUGUUUCGGGACCGCCGAUCAACCCUACACCGUCCCCCAAUUUCCCCCAGACCAGCCCCAAGACCUCGGCACCGAAGAAUAUUCAGGCCCUUUUAACUUCGAAGUCCUGAUUAUCCCCAGCGAGCAGAAAACACCAUGGGAGUACUCGUCCAAACUAAACAAAAUCUUCAUCGGGAUCAAUCUGAAAUUCCCAGUGGCCUUCACCCUCACCCACCGCCCCCAAAACCUAAACCUGUACGUGCGAGCCACCCCCAUUUUCAGCCAGUCCCAGUUUUUCGAAGAACCAGUGCACAGAUGCGUCGCCCAUCAACAUGCCCAGGACCCAUCCAACCAUGGCUUGCCCGUGCACGUUUUCCAGCACAUAAUUAGGUGCACGAACGACAUGACCCAGUACUUCGGGGACAGAAACAGUGGGACGAGGCUUAAUAUAGUAAUCCCGUUAGGCAGACCCCAGACAGGCAGUGACGUCAUCAAGGAGUUCUACCACUUCGUGUGUAAGAAUUCUUGUCCGUCGGGGAUGAACAGGAAGCCUAUUGAUGUGGUUUUUACUUUGGAGAAUGAAAUGGGGGAGGUGUUUGGGAGGAGGUUGCUGUCGGUGAGGAUAUGUUCGUGCCCGAAGAGGGACAGGGAGAAGGAGGAGAAGGAUUUGGAGAAGAAUCAUCCGCCGCAGGCGAAGAAGCGGAAGCUGGUGGGGGGGAGCGGGGAUGGAGGCAGGAGGGAGGGGGGUGGAGGAGGCGAUAAGAAAAUGCAUAGCGUGAAUUUUAAUAUCGUUGGAAAGGAGAACUAUUUGCAUAUUUUGACGGUUGCUCGAGAUCGAAUGGCGGCCGAAAUCGUAAAUCUAGAAACCAAAAAUGGGCCUGAUCAAGCCUACAGAAAAAGUUACAACGAAAUAUGCAGCCUUAUUGAUAAAGCUACUACAGAGUGAGAAAUUUUAAUAUACCUGUUUUAAUGGUUGAAUUUUAAAUUUUAUUUCGUGUUAGUUGUUGUAACUUGACAAAAAUAAUUGCAAUAUAAAUAUUGUUAGACCAUGUAAAGUGUGCGUCCACACAGGAUUUUGCACCAAAACGCCGCUGAAUGUUCUAACCGAUGAAUUUUAUAUUUUUCGCAUGUGUACCAUUCCGAUUUUUAUAUUUACACAUUUCCACCCAUAUAUUUUUAUAUUGUUGAAAUAUACAUUUAGAACAGAA